AUGAAAACCAAAGAUAAGAAUAUUAAGGCGAAAAAGGCCAAAGUAAUUAAAAAGAAUAAAAAUCACAAAAAUAAAAAAAAAACUAAAAAAAGGGACCUGGAUUCAGAUUUAUCAGACUUUGAACCAGAAAUAACAGAGGAACUGCCUCAAGAUGUGAGCUUCAAAGUACAACAACUCCUCAAAGAAGCUAAUGAAGAGAUUCCAAAGGAAAAAAUAAGGGGGACUGAUUUCCUGGAAAAUGACCCUUUGGUUUCUUUUGAUUACCCCGAAGAUUCGGCUGGAUUUUUGCCAGAAUUCCAAACUACCUCAAACACUAGUGAAAUUUGGUCAAAAUUGAAUGAUUUAUCAAACACUAAGCCCACAAAGGAAAAUGUGAUGGAUAAAUUGAGACCAGUUUAUAAUGAAAUUGGUAUAUAUCUAUCCAGAUAUAAGAGUGGAGGACUUCCUAAGGCAUUUAAGGUGCUCCCUAAAAUGACUAACUGGUCUGAAAUCAUCCAGUUCACUAACCCCCAAAAUUGGACCCCAAACGCAAUGUACGAAGUUACACGACUUUUCUCAUCUAACAUGAAUGAGUCAAAUGCUGAAAUAUUUUAUUUAUAUAUAUUACUCCCAGCAGUUAGAGAGAACUUGGCAAGUAAUAAGACUCUGAAUCAUCAUUACUAUGAAUCACUGAUGAAGGCGAUGUUUAAGCCUACGGCUUGGUUCAAGGGGAUUUUACUACCGCUAGUACAGGAGGGAUGUACAUAUAGAGAAGGAGCAAUAAUUGGAAGUGUUCUGAAGAAAAUUUCAAUACCAGUUUUCCAUGUGUCAGCAUUUAUAAUUCAGAUUUGUCAAUACCCAAAAUGGUUUGGUAGUACCAGUUUUAUACUCACAAUACUAUUUCAAAAAAAAUAUAAAUUACCAAUUAAGGUCAUUGGACAAUGUUUACAGUAUUUUUAUAAAUUCGUCAACUUCCCAGACCAUUUACCAGUUAUUUGGCAUCAAUCAUUAUACCUAUUUUUAUACAAUUAUCAACAUUUAUUAUAUUGUAUAGAUAUGUUGAAUGAAGAUGAAUAUAAAUUAUUGAGAGAAUUAUUGGGAAAACAUAAACAUCCACAAAUUGGACCAGCAAUUGAAAAAUUAUUAUCAUGUACAAUACAAGAUGUUGAUAUGAAAUUGUAA